CUGUCUUGGAUCCCUAUUGGUUGUGGAAUUGACCUAAGGUCGAUCCGAGUUCAGUUUCAAAUAAAAGGCAGUCACACUGCUUCAUUCUACAUCACAAACUCAUCUAUCACAUCCAGCUUCAACAGCUUCCUACUACUCUCCGAUCUCUCAAACUCUCCAACAUUCAAAAAUGGAAUUUAUUUUGACCACUGUUCUCAGCUUGGUUUUGGCAAUUUCAAUGACACAUGGAGCGGCAAUUGCAGCCAUAGGCUCUCCUACCGCAGUCGCCGCCUCAUCUGGUCGGAAUAUGAUUACGACAACUGCCGGAGUAACGAAUAGCAGAACCGGCAGACAGCAACAACAAGAGGAGCCACUUAUGACAGCAAACGUUCUCGAAAGUAAUAACGAGCCCAUUUUCCGUACACAACCCGGCUUCCCAGCUGUCUUCCACCCUGGCAACGAUUACCAACUCAAAACUUCGGGAAAUUUCGCUAUUGUCGACACCGGAGUCGUAUUCUGGGGCAUUGCUGGAAUUCUAGGACUCGCCGUGGCCGUUUGGAUCGUCUCCUUGUUUUCCGGACUGGGAUUCUUCAAAACCAUCCUUACUGGAUUCCAUUCUGUCAAGGGGCGCGCCGAUGAAAUGGGCUUUAAAAUGGACAGUCAAAAGCUCAACAUGGUGGCUAAUCAAGUUUACAAGGCCAUCGAAUCGUAUCGUGCUAAAAAUCAAUAAUAAUUCCUUGCUAUGCCGAGUCAUUUUGUAACUUAAUGAAAAUAAUUUUAAUAUUACAAUUUCUUUUUCCUUCAAA